UCUGGACAUCUAGUAAUUGAGCACAACAAACUAUAAUUCAGUGAAGAGGGGGAGAUUCCACACCAACAAAGCGAGACGAGAAUUGGCGAGAAAUUGAGAGUUCAGACUAUGAUACUUGCGGUCGUGUUCGCCAACGCUGAGGGCAAUAUCCUCAUCGAACGUUUUCAUGGAGUUCCUGCAGAGGAGCGGCUGCAUUGGCGCUCUUUCUUGGUCAAACUGGGAUCUGAUAACCUGAAAGGUGUCAAAAAUGAAGAGCUCCUAGUUGCUAGCCACAAGUCUGUUUAUAUUGUAUACACAGUGCUUGGGGAUGUCAGCAUCUAUGUUGUCGGAAAGGAUGAGUAUGAUGAACUUGCCUUGUCAGAAGUGAUCUUUGUGAUAACCUCAGUUGUGAAGGACGUGUGUGGCAAGCCUCCAACUGAGCGCCUUUUCCUUGACAAGUACGGAAGAAUCUGCUUGUGUUUGGAUGAAAUUGUUUGGAAGGGAUAUUUGGAAAAUACAGAGAAAGAUAGAAUCAAAAGAUUGAUGAGGUUGAAGCCUCCAACGGAGUUCUGAAUAUUUAAAGCCGGCUAUAAUAGCUUGAAUAGUCCUCCGAGGUUCAUUUGCUCACCAGCAUCAUGUAGUGAGUUUUCCCUGGCAAAGGGAAAAUAUUCCUAUUAAUUUUUGUUUUUGUUUGGUAUUGAUUUUGAAGAUUUGUAACACAGUUCAUAGAAAUGUGGUUAUCAUAUCAUGUACCUGGGCGAUGUACUAUUCCCCCCAUCCCUUUCAUAUGUUGGUUUGCUUAUUAUGUACCAUUCAUUGUUCAUGUUGAUGUAUUCUUUUCAGGGAUAAAUAUAUUGGCAACGUAAUGCACAACA